UUCUAGUUGUGAAUUGAACUCUAAUCUUGUGUAGUUGAAACUUUGUAAUAGCUUAAGAUAGUUGACUUAUCUGGUUGCGACGCCGGUCGAUCUCCAAACGUUUGUUCCGAGACUUCCGGCGCACUUCAGGCAACGUUAGAUUUUGGUCUGAGUGGGAUUCUGAGUGAACGAGAAUCUUUCAAGAUUCAUGGUGCGAUUGAGUAUGAAAUUUCCCUUCUCCUUCCCUCAUUCCUAGUUUUCCCAAACCCCACACGCCUAGUCCAGUAUUUUGCCACUUUUUAAUAACGAAAACCACUUACCACGCAGGUUCCGGUGGACAUCCGGUGUCAGAGUGAGACCGCCGAAAGAAAUCUCAGGUUAAUAUCGAGCCUCAUUUUUGCGGGCGCUGCGCGCCCCUUCCCAGAACCGGUCCUGCGCUGGAAUACCUUCAGUAUUCUUGAGCAAGCUGGUUCCGGAAAUGGUCGCGCGCACGCUCUCAACCGAGGUCGGUUUGUUGUGAGAAUGGAACUUCCCCCCCCAACUCAAUUUCUCUCAGUAAAAGCCAAAAACAGCCGUGAACAUUUUUCUGACCCGCCACAAUUUAACUCGUAACUCUUGCGUAUAAAGUUUUUUUCAAUUGCCUUUAAAGAAUUAGUGUUCAAGCAUUGAAAUCGUGGCAGAAAAAAUGUUUCGCGCACUGAGGAUCUGGCUGGAGCACGUACGUAUCACUGCCGGGACGAAACUUGAAAUUAAUCGAAACAAAACUUUUUUUCCGUUUCCCCCCUUAAUCUUCAACAGAAAGCUAAAAAAAAUGAACCUAAUUUCAAGUUGUGUCUCGUUUGUAUAAGUUAAAUCGACCAGCAAAGCAAGUCGCUAGGAAAGGUUGAAAACUAAUCAGCUCUAUUUUCUCGUUCUGCUUGUUUUCGGAUGUAUUCCAGGCGGCAAGACUCCCGAUGUCGGUUCCCGCUCGUACACGGAGAUCAUGCGCGAGCAGAUGCUCAAGGGCGAGGAGGUUGAGCUCCGCAAAAAGAUCCAGGAAAAGGCAAAGGACGGUUCCCUCGUGAUCAACCGCGAGUCGAGCAACGGAGACGGCAGCAGCAGCAAGGCGGCUGCGGAAUCGAAGAAGCGUGGCCGCUGGGACCAAACGGUGGAGGAGUCGUUCGUGCCGCCGAAGAAGUUGUCCACCGUGCCGGCGACGCCGACGUGGGGCGAUGCGGAGAAAACCCCGGCCGACCACCGCUGGGACGAAACGCCCGGCCACAAGGGCAGCGAAACGCCGGGGGCGACCCCGAGCGCACGCAUCUGGGACGCUACGCCGGCCCACUCGGGAGCCACUCCGGGGCGGGAAACCCCCGCGGAGAAGUCAACGCGUCGCAAUCGUUGGGACGAGACGCCGAAGACGGAGCGUGAAACACCGGGCCAUUCGUGGGCUGAGACUCCCCGUGCCGAUCGCGGACCGAGUGAUAGUGUGAUGGACAGCACAACGCCUGCUUCGAAGCGACGUUCGCGUUGGGACGAAACGCCCUCGAACGCUACCCCGUCGGCCAUGACUCCGUCGAUCGCGAUGACCCCAACCCCGCACGCAACACCCGGACAUACGACGCCCCUGCUCACCCCAGGCGGUUCCACCCCUAUCGGAAACAAAGCGAUGGCCAUGGCCACGCCCACCCCAGGCCAUCUCGCGUCGAUGACCCCGGAACAGCUGCAAGCGUACCGCUGGGAGAAGGAAAUCGACGAACGCAACCGACCGUUCAGCGACGAAGAACUGGACGCCAUGUUCCCGCCCGGGUACAAAGUGCUCCCACCCCCAGCCGGUUACAUCCCAAUCCGUACGCCAGCACGCAAGCUGACCGCCACGCCAACCCCGAUGGCCGGAACCCCAGCCGGUUUCUUCAUCCAGCAGGAGGACCGCAGCGCCAAGUUCAUCGACAACCAACCCAAGGGCAAUCUGCCCUUCAUGAAGCCGGAAGAUGCGCAAUACUUUGACAAGCUGCUGCUGGACGUGGACGAAGAAGCGCUCAGUCCGGAGGAGCAGAAGGAGCGUAAAAUUAUGAAACUUCUCCUGAAGAUCAAGAACGGAACGCCUCCGAUGAGGAAGGCCGCCCUCCGUCAGAUCACCGACAAGGCGCGUGAAUUCGGCGCAGGACCACUCUUCAACCAAAUUCUACCCCUGCUGAUGAGUCCCACCCUGGAAGACCAAGAGCGUCAUCUCCUCGUCAAGGUCAUCGAUCGCAUCCUCUACAAACUGGACGACCUCGUGCGUCCGUACGUGCACAAGAUCCUGGUCGUCAUCGAACCGCUCCUGAUCGACGAAGAUUACUACGCCCGCGUGGAAGGUCGUGAAAUCAUCUCCAACUUGGCCAAGGCCGCCGGCCUCGCCACCAUGAUCUCAACCAUGCGUCCCGACAUUGACAACAUUGACGAGUACGUGCGAAACACGACGGCCCGUGCCUUCGCGGUGGUCGCUUCCGCGCUCGGAAUCCCCUCUCUCCUACCCUUCCUGAAGGCCGUCUGCAAGAGUAAGAAGUCGUGGCAGGCUCGCCACACCGGCAUCAAAAUCGUCCAGCAGAUUGCCAUCCUGAUGGGUUGCGCCAUCCUGCCCCACCUCAAGUCGCUGGUCGAAAUUAUCGAGCACGGGUUGGUGGACGAGCAGCAGAAGGUCCGCACGAUUACGGCGUUGGCGUUGGCAGCGCUGGCCGAAGCCGCCACUCCGUACGGUAUCGAGUCGUUCGAUUCCGUGCUGAAGCCCCUCUGGAAGGGUAUCCGGACGCAUCGCGGCAAAGGUCUUGCGGCGUUCCUCAAAGCCAUCGGUUAUCUGAUCCCGCUCAUGGACGCCGAGUACGCCAACUACUACACCAGGGAAGUGAUGUUGAUUCUGAUUCGUGAGUUCCAGUCGCCGGACGAGGAGAUGAAGAAGAUUGUGCUGAAGGUCGUGAAGCAGUGCUGCGCGACGGACGGUGUGGAGGCGCAGUACAUCAAGGAGGAAAUCCUGCCGCACUUUUUCAAACACUUUUGGAACCACCGAAUGGCGCUGGAUCGGCGAAACUACCGCCAGCUGGUGGACACCACGGUGGAGAUUGCCAACAAGGUGGGCGCGUCCGAGAUCAUCAACCGCGUCGUGGACGAUCUCAAGGACGAAAACGAGCAGUACCGCAAGAUGGUGAUGGAGACCAUCGAGAAGAUCAUGGGCAAUUUGGGCGCCGCCGACAUCGAUUCCCGGCUGGAGGAACAGCUCAUCGACGGCAUUCUGUACGCGUUCCAGGAACAGACCACCGAAGACGUGGUCAUGCUGAACGGCUUCGGCACGAUCGUCAACCAGCUGAGCAAGCGCGUCAAACCGUAUCUCCCCCAGAUUUGCGGUACCAUCCUCUGGCGAUUGAACAACAAGUCGGCCAAGGUCCGUCAACAAGCGGCGGAUCUCAUCUCCCGAAUCGCCAUCGUCAUGAAGACAUGCCAGGAGGAGAAGCUGAUGGGUCAUUUGGGCGUCGUCCUCUACGAAUAUCUCGGCGAAGAGUACCCCGAAGUGCUCGGAUCCAUUCUGGGCGCCCUCAAAGCCAUCGUCAACGUAAUAGGCAUGACCAAAAUGACACCCCCAAUCAAGGACCUCCUGCCCCGUCUCACCCCCAUCCUUAAGAAUCGCCACGAAAAGGUCCAGGAAAACUGCAUCGACCUGGUCGGUCGCAUCGCCGAUCGUGGCCCCGAGUACGUGUCCGCCCGCGAGUGGAUGCGCAUCUGCUUCGAGCUUCUCGAACUGCUCAAAGCCCACAAAAAAGCGAUCCGACGAGCCACCGUCAACACGUUCGGUUACAUCGCCAAGGCCAUCGGCCCGCACGACGUGCUGGCCACGCUGCUAAACAACCUCAAAGUCCAAGAGCGCCAGAACCGUGUCUGUACGACCGUCGCCAUCGCCAUCGUGGCCGAAACGUGUCGUCCCUUCACCGUGCUCCCCGCCCUCAUGAACGAGUACCGCGUGCCCGAACUCAACGUCCAGAACGGCGUCCUCAAAUCGCUCUCCUUCCUGUUCGAGUACAUCGGAGAAAUGGGCAAGGACUACAUCUACGCCGUGUGCCCCCUCCUCGAGGACGCCCUCAUGGAUCGGGACCUGGUCCACCGACAGACGGCGUGCGCCGCCAUCAAGCACAUGGCCCUCGGAGUGUACGGCUUUGGCUGCGAGGACGCGCUCAUCCAUCUGCUCAACUACGUUUGGCCCAACAUCUUCGAGACGAGCCCCCACUUGGUGCAAGCAUUCAUGGACGCCGUCGAGGGCCUUCGGGUGGCGCUCGGACCGAUCAAGAUCCUGCAGUACACGCUGCAGGGGCUGUUCCAUCCGGCGAGGAAGGUGCGCGACGUUUACUGGAAGAUUUACAACUCGCUGUACAUUGGCGCCCAGGACGCGCUGAUCGUGGGCUAUCCGCGCAUUUCCAACGAUCCCAAGAAUCAGUACAUUCGGUACGAGCUGGACUACAACAUCUAAAUAUCAUUCAAUGCUUAACCAUACGUUUUUUUGUCUUGUACGAUUAAGAAAUAAAGGAAAACAUCUUUAGUGUGUUACAAGAAGAUUA